AUGAGUAUGUUGUCACGGAAACCACCAAAGAAAAAGUCAUUGAAAUUAUUGGAGAAGUUGGUACAGGACAACAGCAGUGAAGAGGGUGCUGAGGAGAGAGAGACAUUGUUAGAUAGCCUUAUAAAAGAAAAUGGUGGAAACCAUUUCUACGAAAAAAUGAACGGGAGUUAUAUUAAGAAAGGCCAGUCAAAGGCUGGAAAAGAGGCUGAAAAUGAACGUCAGUCACGCUCCAGAACCAAGGAUCAGAAUGAACGCAUAUUGUAUGCAAAAAAGCCACCGACCGGUCAGGGGUCAAUAUCUGUACCAUCAGCUAAUAAAAAUGGAAAGUCAAGGUCAAGAUCAGAUUCUAAUUCAUCCUCAUCAAGUUUUUGGUCAGAAAGAUCAAAGUCAAGAUCACAUUCCAGGUCUCCAAAGCGAGGAACACCAAGAUCUCCAAGAAGGUCAUAUUCCAGUUCAGGAUCUAGAUCUCAUUCCAGAUCACGAUCACGCUCCCAUUCCAGAUCUAGGUCAAGAUCAAAGUCAUCUUCUCCACACUCACAUGUACAUAGUGUUCAUUCCAAUUUGAAUCUUAAAAACAGUACAAAGCCUCAUGAUACAAUGAGUGAACAAGGUCAUAGGCAGGGGAAAAGGAGCCAGAAAGGUCGUAAGACAAAAUUGUUAAACAGAUCCCCUCUCAGGAAAUUCCGAUCAAUGGAUAUCACUCCUGAUGUGUUUAUUGAGGAACGACUGAAUCAGAAGUACAGAGAACUUCAUGAGCUUGUGCAGACAAACUUCAGUGACCGUCGUCCACAGGUCACGAGAGAUUACUUCAAUCAGAUCCAGUCACUGCGGGACUCAUAUACCAAAGUCAGCCAUGGACUGCAGCCAUCGGGGAUCCUCUUGCCAGGGACAGGCAUGCUGUGUGAUAUCAAACCCCCAGGGAUGCCUCAGAGGAGACGCCCCAUGUCAGCCAGCACUCAUGCUGAACUUCGAGACUUGACCAUGGAGGAUGGAACAUACUAUACCAUAAGAAAUGUUACGACUGCUUCAACUGCCAAACAACAACAGAAAGUUCGAACAGACAUCAAUGGUGAGAGUUCCAGUAAGAAAAAGAAAAGUAAGAAAAGGAAGGAUUCAGGAUCAACUGUAGAUUCUACAUUACAACGCAAUGGUUACCAUGACAGCCCUCCAAGCAGCAGGACCCCGAGUAGUAGCAAGGCAACAGGAUCUCCGCGUGGCAAGGAACCAGCCGAGCCCACUGAUCAUCACAUCAAAUACAGUAAUAAUCCGAAAUUACUAACUUGGCUCAAACAGAAAGAUAUUUAUCACAGAAAAAAGAAGAAAGAAGAGAGACAGAAGAAAAAAGAAGAAAGACAGAAGCUCAUCUUGGAGGCAAAUGAAAAGUUUGAGAAGAAAUUGGAGUCUCAAAAGCAUGUUGACAAAUGGAUGAAAAGAAAACAAAAGGAGAAUAAAUCAAGAUUACGAGAGGAAAAAAUCCGAGAAAAUAGGAUUACAAAGGAAAGAAUUAAUCAAGAAAAUGUCAAUGGGCUGACAGUCCCUGGGAAACCUUUACGUCCACAAUCUGCUCCACCUUCAAAGAAGGGAGGGAACUCUGGAAAAGAAGGAGCUGAGCAGGAAAGCAUGGUAGUCACACCCCAGAUGGCUCGAAUGAAAGAGGAAGAGCAAAGGCAGGCAAACGCUUCAGGAAUGGAACCUCACCCACCAGCCUCUAAGUUCAUUUACAAACGACCAGUAGCAGGACGCAUCAAACUCACUAUGAAAGAGCGUCCAAAAAGUGCAUCAGUUAUUCCACCACAGCGCAAUGCGUCUGCUUCACCAAGGCGAGCCAGUGGAAGAGACAGUUCUCAUGAAAAUAAGCAGAGAAUGUCCUAUGAAGACUGGCUGCAGCAGAAACGUAAACAUGAAGUUAAGCAGAAGAAAGAAAUUCAACUUCAAAGAGAAGAACUUGCUAAGUCAGAUCCAGAGUUGGCAAAAAUUGUACCAGAAAUAGCAAAAAAGAGGAUACACAGAGUGUUAGAAGGAAAAAAGUCUAUCGAUACUGGAAUAAAGAGUUUUGAUAACAAAGCUAACAAGUCCUUUGGUGGUGCAGAUUUCCAAGAUAAGGAAGCUAGUGCUGAUGAAGAUAAAAGUCCCCGUCCAUCCUACCGCCUUGACUCUGAUAGGGUUAGUCAGACAGAUCCCAAAAAAUCUUCUAAAAAUUUGAAACUGUCUGGACAGAGUGUAAACAUGGACAGUCGUCCUAGUACAGCUCCUGCCAGGGGAAGGGUUCCUACACCCAAGCAAUCCUCCAACUCGCCCAGAAAAGCAGUGGCACCACCAAAGGACACACGGAGUGAUGAAGUAUCCACAGGUUUCAGUCUGCCAUUCCAGGAGAAAGAUGGAGUGCCGAGGCAUGUAGCCUCAACUCAGAGAAAGCUGUUUGCAGAGAAGGUUUGGGAGAAGUUGGAGGGUGAGGAGAGACCAGAGCCACAGGGGUGUGCUGCUACAGAAACACCACAGCACCUGCCAAACCCACAAGCACACACUGAUAGUUCAAAGGUAGACAACUCAGGUAUGGUAGAUGAUACUGCUAAGACUGACAACUCAAAUGUAGAUAAGGAUGAUAAUACAAACAACAAUAGAGAUGCUACCAGUACUAAAACAGUUGAGGAGAAUGAACAAAGUGGAGGGGAUUUUUUCCUUACGUCUCGGGAGGACAUUUUGGAUGAUAUGCAAGCAGAAAAUGAUUCAAAGGAUAGUGAACAGAAAGUUGAGUCUCCUGUGGAGGAGGACACAAAAGUGGGUAAUGCUUCAAUUGAGGAGGAUGUAAAAGAUGUUGCAGAAAAUUUGGCAAAUAAAGAGGAAGCAUCUUCUGAUGUGAAACCAACUGUUAAUGACCUAGAAACAGAUUCUGGUGACUUAACAAAUGGUAAUCAGACAGUGAAUGGACUGACUGACCAACAGGUAAUGGAUAAUGUUGAUCAGGGUGAUAGUGCUGAAACUGAAAACAUUGAAAAUGGACUUCAUAUCAGCACUGAUGACCUACGCCCUGAAUCAGCCAAUACAUCUCGUAGUCUGAAGCAUGUGUCAUUCCGAGAGGAGACCGAGGUCAUUGGUAAUGAUGAGGCAGAGGGAGAGGAGGUUGAUUGGAGCACAGAUACUGCCACACCUGAUUUAGAGGAAUAUGCUCGCAUGGCUAAAGAUGAUCUCAAUGUGGAAGAGGAAACUAAGGAGGAGCAGGAUGAGGAGGAACAGGUACCAGAGGAGGUACCAAGUCAGAUGUCACGCACAUCACUCACUGAAAGUAUGGAAGAUGACUUUUGA